GAUUCCCGGAAAAUAACUCCGGCCCAAUUCAACGUGUACAAUCUUGCAUACGUCGUCGUUCUAAACAGUACACUGACCCACUCCCACUUCAACUCCCUACCCCACAAUUGAUUCUCGUCCCCUCCUCUCCUUUCCUUUUCCGCUCAUAAACUAGAGAGACAGCCGUCGCUGUAGCCGCAAUGACUGAGACUGAGAGUAGAGCUCCCAAUAUAAGGACAAGCAAAACCCAGACUGAAACCUCUUCCUCUUCUCCUUUGUCUGACGAAAAUUCCUAGACGUUUCCUGGAAACUUCGUUUGUUCGCAUAUAAAUUUUCUUUGGAUUUUCACCUUUAUGGUAUCGAAUUCACUUUCCCGCUCACUUUGUCCUUUCUCUUUAUCACUCUAUUGGGAUAAAAGAUAAAGUUCUCUUUGAGCUUUUUCUUAUUCUCUCUCUCUCUCUCUCUCUCUCUCUCUCUCUCUUUCCUUUCGUAUUUGGAAUUCCGGAUCAUGAAAUAAGUCAUCCAUUUGGUGUUUUAGGAAAAGAUGCAAGCGAGGUUUAUAGAGAGAUCGACUGGGAUGGCAAGAGAAAAGAGAAGUCUGGAGUCGAGUUCUGGUGACGAAGGCCAGCCUGAUUCAAAACGACCUGCUUUAGCCAGUGUAAUUGUUGAAGCUCUCAAGGUGGAUUGUCUGCAGAAGCUUUGCUCAUCGUUGGAGCCUAUUCUUCGGAGAGUUGUUAGUGAAGAAGUGGAGCGUGCUUUGGCAAAAUUGGGCUCUGCCAAACUUAGUGGAAGGUCUUCUCCCAAAUGUAUAGGAGGGCCUGAUGGAAGAAACUUGCAGCUGCACUUCAGGUCCAGGUUGUCCCUCCCUCUCUUUACUGGUGGGAAAGUAGAAGGCGAGCAGGGUGCUGCAAUCCAUGUUGUGUUGAUUGAUGCAGACACAGGUCAUGUUAUCACAUCAGGUCCUGAAUCUGCAGCGAAACUGGACAUCAUUGUUCUUGAAGGUGACUUUAAUAAUGAAGAUGAUUUUAACUGGACUCAGGAGGAAUUUGAGUCUCAUGUGGUCAAAGAGCGUGAGGGAAAGAGGCCACUUCUGAAUGGGGAUCUGCAAAUGACUCUAAAAGAUGGUGUGGGGACUCUAGGAGAGCUGACAUUUACUGACAACUCAAGCUGGACAAGGAGCAGGAAGUUUAGGCUGGGGUUGAAGGUUGCCUCAGGCUGUUGUGGAGGGAUCCGUAUUCGUGAAGCAAAAACUGAUGCCUUCACUGUCAAAGAUCACCGAGGAGAAUUAUACAAGAAGCACUAUCCACCUGCACUAAAUGAUGAGGUUUGGAGAUUGGAGAAGAUUGGCAAGGAUGGAUCUUUCCACAAGAGGCUGAGUAAAGCUGGGAUAUUUACUGUUGAAGACUUCCUAAGAGUUGUGGUCAGAGACUCUCAGAGAUUGCGGAAUAUACUUGGAAGUGGCAUGUCAAAUAAGAUGUGGGAUGUUCUGCUAGAGCAUGCGAAGACUUGUGUUCUGGGUGGGAAACUUUAUGUUUACUAUCCUGAGGAUGCAAAGAAUGUUGGUGUUGUUUUCAACAAUAUCUAUGAGUUGACUGGGUUGAUUGCAAAUGGACAGUACUACAAAAUGGACUCUCUUUCUGACGACCAGAAGGUAUAUGUGGAUGGAUUGGUGAAGAAUGCAUAUGAAAAUUGGAUGCAUGUCAUAGAGUAUGAUGGCCAAACACUACUCGACAUCAAGCAGAAUCAGAACACAGCUGCUUCCCAAACUGACAUUCCUACUCAUCAACAAGAUUUUUUGAACUCUUAUGACCAUCAGGUUACUUUGCCUACUCUAUCAGUUCCGGUUCCUCCAGAGCGGCCUCCCAGGGACACAGGUCCAACUGCUGGAGGUUACAAUGACAGUACAGCUGCAAGCUUCUCACUGCAAUCACAGAAUGGAAAUCCAGACAUGCAUUUUCAAUUUGAUGCCACUUCGUUACCUCUACGGAACCAUUUGGCCAGCAAUUCACAUUAUUCCCAGUUUCCAGGGAGUGACGAUUUACCGGCACUUACUCCACAACAAACGUCGACGUCAAGUUUCCAAGGUGUUUGUAUGCCGAGCCUUAAUUCUCAUAGGGGAGCAGAGGAUUUCUUGCAAGAGGAGGAGAUCCGAAUGAGAAGUCAUGAGAUGCUUGAAAAUGAAGAUAUGCAACAUCUUCUUCAUAUAUUCAAUAUGGGAGGCCAGGGUCAUUCCUCUUCCAAUGUAACUGAAGAUGGCUAUCCUUACUCAUCAUCGUUCAUGCCUGGCCCAUCUCCAAACUACAGCCUCGGCGAUGAUCAAUCUCGUUCAUCAGGCAAAGCUGUCAUUGGAUGGCUCAAGCUCAAGGCAGCCCUUAGAUGGGGCAUCUUUGUCCGAAAAAAGGCUGCUGAGAGGAGGGCACAGCUUGUAGAGUUGGAUGAUCCUUAAAUAUGACCAGUGAAGCAAUAAUAGCCAGGUUUUGGAGUUAACAGGCUACCUCUUCGGCCAAAUUCUUUAUUGGACGUCCUGCUGUUCUUUGAUUAUAAUCCUUGAAAUUUGGGACCUCUCUUUUAUCACUGUACAGUUAGCUUGAGUAGUCUUUUAACAGCUGUUCUGUAGUUGCCUUGUUUACAACAUACUCAGUGGAGCGUUUCCUGAAGCUGAAACAUUUAGCAAUGGAUCUCUCUGCAUUAGAGGAAGCAGAUAGGAUAGGAUAGGAUAGGAUCUGAUCUGAGGCUAAUUUCAUCCUAGUGCAUUGAUAUCUUAUUAUUACUAGAGUUCCAAUAAUAAUGAACAGCUUGUGUUUAUCGUUCCUUUGUAAAACUAUAAUAAUUCCUGGUCUUGGGAAUGAAAUUUUCUUUUUAUCUGU